AUGGCUGCCACCAUCCCACCUGAGCUAUCCUCUGGGCAGCCAGCAUCUCCAGGACAUACUGGCUGUCCUGAGCCCCAGGCUAGCAAACCUGAAAUCCAGGCUGAAUAUCCUGGUCCCCAGCCUGGUUACACUGGAACCCAGACUGACUAUCUAGUCCUACCAGUUGGUGAUAUAGGGGCUGGCGUAGUUGGCAUUCCUAUCCAAUACCAGCCAGUGUCUCUUCAGACAAGUGUGCCUGCAAGGCUACUAUGGAUUCCAGAGCUAACACCUUCAUCAGACAGUCCACCAGGGUUGGAAUAUUUAAAUCAGCUAGAUCAAAUCCAGAUUCAUCAGCAAGUUGAACUUACGGAAGUCAUAAUACACAUUGAAACAAAUAACAAAUAUGAAAUUAAGAACAGACUUGGACAGAAGAUUUACUUUGCAGCAGAGGAUACUGACUGCUGUACCCGAUAUUGCUUUGGGGGUUUUAGGCCUUUUACCAUGAGGAUUCUUGAUCUUAUAGGCCGAGAAGUCAUAACCCUGGAGAGACCACUAAGGUUUAACUGGUGUUGUAUCCCCUGCUGCCUUCAGGAGAUAGAAAUCCAUGCUCCUCCUGGAAUACCAAUAGUAGUUACUCAGAUCAGGCACCCAUUUCUGCCAAAGUUUAGAAUUCAAAAUGAGAAUAGAAAGGAUAUACUAAGAAUUAUUGGUCCAUGUUGUAUGUGCAGCUAUUGUGGAGAUGUUGAUUUUGAGAUUAAAUCUCUUGAUGGAAAAAAUGUGGUUGGCAAGAUUUCCAAGCAGUUUACUGGAAUUGUGAGAGAGAUAUGUACAAAUUACAGUAACUUUGGCAUCCAGUUCCCUGCAGAUGUUGAUGUGAAAAUGAAAGCUGUGAUGCUUGGCGCAUGUUUCCUCAUUGAUUUCAUGUUUUAUGAAAACACUGGAUGCACUAAGUUUCUGACAGUAGGAUUGUGGUAA